AUGAAACUCAUGAGCACCAGGAUAAGACCAUUUUUAUUAGCAUUUUAUAGAUCCUUCUUCGUUAUUCUGAUCUAUGUCUUAAUUCUGCAGUCCAUGUACCUGUACCCCAAGUUUAUCUCAACUUUUACAACUAAAAUGAGAAUAGCAUCUUCCGCAUCCUUUUGGUUUUCAACUAUCAUGACUGUGUGGUGUCAUGUCAAGUGCCUCAUUAAAAGCCCGGGAGUUUUGAGAGAGUCCGAAUUUCCAAGGAUUGAUAUCAGGAAAUUGGAGGACAGGGAAAACAUGUGCAUGAAGUGUAACUUGUUGAAAAUAAAGAGGUCUCACCAUUGUUCCAUUUGUAAUCGAUGUAUCAUCAAAAUGGACCACCAUUGCAUUUGGAUAAAUGGCUGUGUCGGAUUAUAUAACCAGAAAUUCUUUAUCCUCCUAAAUUUUUACACAUUCCUGAUGUGCAUUACUUGUGAAUUUAUCCUUAUGUAUAAAAUUAUAGCGUGUAUCAAGAUGCAACCCCAAUUUAAGUCUGCAGGGAUGUGUGUAAUAACGAAAACAGAAGUUGUUCUCAUUAUAAUGAAUGCAUUCAGCUCCCUGGUGUUUGGGAUAUUUUCCUUCGUUAUGCUUGUCGACCAGUACUUUGCAAUUAAAACAAAUACAACAGGGAUAGAAUACCUGAAGAAUCAGCGAGGUGAAAUAAAACCCUUUGGCCAUUCACUUGUGGAUGUGUUCGGUCACCCAUUUUCUUACUUGUGGUUUCUGCCAAUCGAUGGAUAUCCAACAACAGAUUUUUCAGAACGCAAAAAUUUAAAUGCAUAA